CACAUUAAUCAAAAGGGACAUGUCAAUGGAAUAAAAGUGGAAAUCUCUCAUAUAAAGCUUAAAAAAGGUGCCUUAUUAAAGUUAUUUGCAGUGGUAGCUAAGGACUCCCUUUCUCGUAACCGUAGACAAACCUAUAGUUCGCCUUCUAAGUGCGUCUAAUUAGGAUAAUUUCAAAUUAAAAAAAUAAAUUAGACACCACGCAUGCCCGCCCCUAUUGCUUCAUGUAACUGAGGGGCAACUUCGUUCUGACUCCAGAGGACCCGGACCAAAGUAUUGUCAUCAUCCGCAAGAGUUCGAAUGGGGCAGAGCGACUCUAGUUUUGCCCUCAUCUAUACGCUUUGGCGAUAAAUGAAGACAUGCAGCUUACACCUUCGGUCUUCUACAUCAUCAAUCAAGUUAUUCUCACGACGUAAGAGCCGACACUCGGCCCUGAAGCAUGACAUCAAAGCAGACUACGAAAUGCAAAAGUGUUAUACCACAAGGAAUGGAUUCAGCGACAACGGAAGACCGAGAAACCUGGGGCAAGAAAGUCGAUUUCCUGCUUUCGGUCAUUGGGUUCGCGGUAGAUUUAGCAAACGUUUGGCGAUUUCCUUAUUUGUGUUACAAAAAUGGCGGCGGUGCGUUUUUGGUUCCAUACUGCAUUAUGUUGAUAAUAGGAGGAAUUCCGUUAUUCUACAUGGAACUAGCACUUGGACAAUUUCAUCGGAAAGGAGCCAUAACGUGCUGGGGUAGAAUUUGUCCCCUUCUCAAAGGUAUUGGUUACGCAGUUGUUUUAAUUGCAUUCUACGUUGACUUCUACUACAACGUCAUUAUCGCCUGGGCAUUACGUUUUUUCUUUGCAUCCUUUACAAGUAUGCUCCCUUGGACAACUUGCGAUAACCCCUGGAACACGCCAAACUGUAGGCCUUUCGAUUUUCCAUCUAGAAACUCCUCGGAAUAUAAUAAUACAACACUAAUGGUAGACGGCCUUCCUGUCGCAGAAUCAAGAUUUGCCUCUGCCGCCUCCGAAUACUUUAACCGCGCAAUUUUGGAACUACACCGAAGUGAGGGUCUACACGAUCUUGGCGCGAUUAAAUGGGAUAUAGCUUUAUGUUUACUGGCAGUCUACGUAAUUUGCUACUUUUCCUUGUGGAAGGGCAUCUCCACUUCUGGGAAAGUUGUUUGGUUUACAGCACUGUUUCCGUAUGCGGUCUUACUCAUACUUUUAAUCAGAGGGGUGACUUUACCAGGAUCGGCGGAGGGAAUCAAAUAUUAUCUUAAUCCGAAUUUUUCCGUGAUAACCAAAGCGGAGGUAUGGGUUGACGCCGCAACCCAAGUAUUUUUUUCCUUGGGACCAGGGUUCGGCGUACUCCUAGCGUACGCUUCGUACAAUAAAUACCACAACAACGUUUACAAGGAUGCUCUCUUGACCAGCGUAAUUAAUUCAGCAACUAGUUUCGUGGCCGGAUUUGUGAUUUUCUCGGUCCUCGGUUAUAUGGCGAAUUCGGCUGGACGGCCGAUUCAAGAAGUGGCGACCGAGGGACCUGGGUUAGUGUUCGUAGUGUACCCGGCAGCAAUAGCGACCAUGCCAGGGAGUAUAUUUUGGGCGCUGAUAUUUUUUAUGAUGCUAUUGACGCUUGGACUGGAUAGCUCGUUUGGUGGAUCGGAAGCUAUUAUUACCGCGUUAAGUGAUGAGUUUCCUAAAAUUGGAAGGAACAGAGAGCUGUUCGUUGCUUGCUUGUUCAGUUUGUACUUUGUCGUUGGGUUAGCGUCAUGUUCACAGGGUGGCUUUUACUUUUUCCAUCUUCUCGAUCGAUACGCGGCCGGUUACUCAAUGCUAUUUGCGGUAUUUUUCGAGGCGAUUGCUGUGUCGUGGAUUUAUGGUACUCAACGAUUCUGUGAUGAUAUUAAGGACAUGAUAGGAUUUUCGCCUGGUAUUUACUGGAGAUUCUGUUGGAGAUUUGCGGCACCGCUGUUUUUGAUAUUUAUCAUAGUAUACGGGUUGCUGGGAUACGAACCUUUAAGCUAUGAAGAUUACGUCUAUCCGAAUUGGGCAAAUGUACUCGGAUGGUUCAUUGCCGGAUCCUCGGUGGCAAUGAUCCCCACAGUUGCCAUAAUUAAAAUCAUAAGAACGCCAGGAUCGUGCUAUAAGAGGCUAAGGAUUUUAACAACACCCUGGCGCGACACUCAACUGGGAAAUACAAUAAACGGCGUUGUUCAAUCAGAAAGCACACAGGUAAGGCUCGCAUCUCCAGAAACACCAACAAGUCCCCAAACCCCAGCAGCAGAAGUGUGAGUUGAAACUAAAUCGACUAGAUUUGAUGUUUAUUAUGUUUAGACAUUUUUUUUUAAAUAUUACAGCUUUACUGUUGUAGACGUAUUGACACCAUAGGUAUUUAUAAGUUUUCAGCCUAGGUAGAUAGGUAGGUAUGUAAUAGGCCAAUAACGUGUAUCUAUAGAAAAUUGCUAUCAUCGUAAUCAUAAUAAGCUUUAAAAGUAAUUAUACACAAAAUAUACACAAUGAAUGUAUUUUAAACAUAGUUAAAGUCGACCUAAGUAAGUAUAUAGGGUACUAUACGUACUGAAUAGCAUGAAAGCGAGUAAUGCUUUCUUAACCUGCAAACUGAAAUGCAUUAACAGCCAUAAAUGCAUGACAGUUUGCAAAAAAAACUGUUACUUGUAAUAUGAAAUUAAUUAAUCAAGGUGGUUACAGCGAUUAAGUACAUAGUAGAUAAUAAAAAUGUAAACUCUUUUAGACUAUUGUGUUAUGUAGCAAUACUAAAGCAUUUAAACGUUGACACGUAUUAAACUUACUUCAUUUUCACAUACCUAUGUACCUCUAUAUUUGUAUGUUUGCGAAAAAAUUCAACGAUUAGAUGCCAAAAUUGUUAUGAAUGUGAUACUUAUUAAGUAAUGAACAUCAUUUUGGAACUGCUGUAGUAAAAGAUAAUAACGUAAGAAAAUGAAAGGUAAUGCUUCACCUUUUAGCAAGCACAUAGACAGAUUUUUGUACUUUAAUAUACCUAAGCAUUAAUUAGGGUAUAGGUUAAAGCAUGGAGUAACUAAUCAGCCAUUUAAUUACUCCAUAGGUACUUAGAGGUAGUUAUAGAACGUAUAUCUUCCAUAACUUAAGUAAUUAAUUAGUGUAAUUCUGUAUUGAUAAUCGUUUACGUUUAAUAUGAUAAUCGAGAUUUAUAUCACCAAUGUAAUGAAACACAUCCUGUUA